AUGCAGAUCAAGUCCGCUUUCGUGGCUGCCGCCAUUCUCGCCUUCUGUGAGGCGCUCGCGACGCCCAUCAGUGCGCGCUCGCCGUACGUCGUCAAGGAGACGCAUUUUGUGCCCAAGGAGUGGCAGAAGCAAGACCGCGCCCAUGGUGGAAAGACCAUCUCUCUGCAGAUCGGUCUGAAGCAGGGCCGCUUCGAGGAGCUGGACCGUCAUCUCCACGAGGUCUCUGACCCCGACCAUGCUCGCUACGGUCAGCAUCUCAGCGCCGAGCAGGUCGAUGAGCUCGUUGCACCUACCGCCAAGACACACGACCUUGUGCAUGAGUGGCUCCAGGAGAACGGCAUUGAGACGGAGAACCUGAGCUACAGCACCGCCAAGGACUGGGUUACCGUUCGCCUUCCCAUUGAGUCGGUGGAGAAGCUCCUUGACACCGAGUACCACAACUACAAGCACCACGACGGCUCUGUUGUUGCGCGUGCUACGUCCUGGUCGCUUCCUCGCCACCUGCACGACCACAUCGAUGCCAUCCAGCCCACCACUUCGUUCUUCCGUGGCAGCAAGGACGUUGCUACCUACUUCGAGGGUGCUGCCGAGAUUCCCCAGGGUUACCAGACUCCUUCCAACCAGACCAUCUCAGCCGUCUGCAACGCAACCUCGGUCACUCCCCAGUGCUUCGAGACUCUUUACCAGACCAAGGGCUACAAGCCCAAGGCUCUCGACAAGAACAAUGUCGCAUUCAACAACUUCCUUGCUGAAGUCCCCAUUCGACCCGAUGGAAAGCAGUUCCUCCAGAAGUACCGCCCUGAGUCAGUUGCCCAGGCUGCCAACUUCAAGCAAUUCUCCAUCGACAACGGCCCGGUCCAGGACGGUCCUUUGACCGCCAACCAGACCGCCGAUGGCAAGAGCCGAGAGGCCAACUUGGACUUCCAGGCCAUUGCCGGUAUCAGCUACAACACCCCCAUCAUCAGUUACUCGACUGGUGGCUCGCCUCCUUUCAUCCCCGACAUCACCACGCCUGACAACACCAACGAGCCCUACCUCGUCUGGGUCAACUACCUGCUCUCGCAGAAGGACCUGCCCAAGAUCGUCUCCACCUCUUACGGUGAUUCCGAGCAGACCGUCCCCCGCUCGUACGCCGAGCGCGUGUGCAAGCAGUUCGCUCAGGCUGGUGCUCGCGGCACGACUCUCCUCUUCUCCUCCGGCGACAGCGGUCUCGGCGGCACCGACAAGUGCUACUCCAACGACGGCAAGAACACAUACCGCUUCAACCCCAACUUCCCAGCCUCGUGCCCGUACGUGACCGCCGUUGGCGCCACCAUGAACUUCGAGCCCGAGGAGGCCGUCUACCGCCCCGGCCGCAACACAUCAACCGGCUACCGCGACUUCUACGCAGGCGGCUCCGGCUUCAGCGACUACUUCGACCGCCCGACAUGGCAGGGCAACGCCGUGCCGCAGUACAUCAAGCACCUGAACGGCCAGUACGACGGCCUGUACAACAAGAAGGGACGCGCAUACCCCGAUCUUGCGGCGCAGGGUCUGUACUUUGCGUACGUGUGGAACGGCACCGAGGGGACCAUCAGCGGCACAUCUGCCUCGACCCCGCUGACGGCCGGUAUCUUCUCGCUCGUCAACGACGCGCUGAUUGCGAGCGGAAAGCCCGUCCUCGGCUACCUCAACCCCUGGCUCUACAAGAAGGGCUACAAGGGCCUCAACGAUAUCCUCAAGGGUACCAGCCACGGCUGCAACGUCGAUGGCUUCCCCGUCACCAAGGGCUGGGACCCCGUCACCGGCUGGGGAACACCCAACUUCCCCAAGCUGCUGAAGGCUGCCGGCGCCAAGGUGCACUGA